UUUUUUUAGAAAGGAAGGUUCGUAGGUGAUCGUUCUGUAUCGAAGCAUUGUAUCGGGACUAAUGGGUGAUCUUUGACGGGAAAUAAACUGCAAAAAGUAAAACCAAACAACAGGAUGGCGCUAAUAGAUGAUCUUUGACGAGAAAUAAAUAGGAACAUAAAAACAAACAACAGAAUGGCGACAAUGUGUGAUCUUUUAAGAUAAAUAAACAGUAAAAUAAAACCAAAAAACAGCAUGGCGCUAAUGGGUGAUCUUUGACGAGAAAUAAAUUGCAUAAUAAAACCAAACAACAGAAUGGCGCUAGUGGGUGAUGUUUGACGAGAAAUAAACAGGAAAAUAAAAACAAACAACAAUAUGGCGCCAAUGGGUGAUCUUUGACGAGAAAUAAACUGCAUGAUAAAACCAAACAACAGAAUGGCGCUAAUUGGUGAUCUUUGACGAGAAAUAAACUGCAAAAUAAGGCAAAACAACAAAAUGGCGCGAAACUCUUCAGAGGAUGUAAUAAUGCAUAUGGAGCCAGAUAUUCCUGUAUCGAUAGUGCUGACAUUGACAUCCAUAGUUACAAUACUGGCUAAUAUUUACAUCAUAAUCGUCAUCGUGAAAACAAAAUCCCUACAUACACCGGCUGGGAACAUGAUGAUAUCAUUGGCAUGUUCGGACUUUAUGGUAGGAUGGAGCCAUAAUGUCCCGUUGUGGUAUUCUGACGCUAAUGGUGUCAUGGGACACAAGUGGUUCGUUUGCCAGUUCCCGUCCGUAUUCGUCUGUGGGUGCUGCGUUACUUCAAUUUAUACGCUCGGGCUACUAAGUGUGGAUAAAUACAUUGCAAUUACCCGUCCUCUAAGAUACAAUGAUUUUGUGACCAUACCAAGAUCUGUGAUUCUUAUCAUCGGAGUGUGGGUGUUCAGUAUCACCAUCUGGAUCCCACCAUUAUUUGACCUUCCCGGUAGUGGAGACUAUUAUUUCGAAGAGGCGGCGAGGGUGUGUUAUUUUGACUCGACCACAUCGCCAUAUUAUACAUUAUUAGUUGUUGGAGGUGUAUUUGGACUUGUUUCCAUGGUGAUUGGGUUCUGUUAUUUCAAGAUUCUUAAGAUUAGUUUGGCUCAAUCAAAAAAGAUGGCAGAAACAAUCACUUCUGAUAGCAAUGGCCCAAAAAUAUCCAAAACAAACAAAAAGGCAAUACGAACACUACUGAUCAUCGUUUCAGCAUUUUACAUAGCCUGGACGCCAUAUUGUACAGAAUGGGUGAUCCGGGGAUUUGUUGGCGCAUACUUCACUCCAGAUUGGUUUCUCGUGGCUACAUCCACACUCGCUGUAUCAAACUCGUAUUUUAAUGCGUUCAUAUACACACUUACAAAUAGGAGGUUUCGACAUUCAGCUAUCACAAUAUUUAUGCCGUAUUGGGGUAGAAAUAGGGUGUCACCUAAUACCAUGGUAACCGAUCUAACAACACAUGACACAUAAACAGACAAAAUCAAAAUAUGAGUGCGUCGAGAAAUGGUCACUGCUGGAGUACUAAACACUUUUAACUUUGCAUUUAAUACUAUAAUCAUUAUAGCUUCACCGUCCCUGUUUUCCUGACAUUAUAUUUUAACAUCAUUGCACUUUACAAAACUGUUGAUAUAUGGCACUUUUCUCCUUCUUUUUUAAACAAGUGUUGUUGCUUUAGUCGAGCAUUUGUGCAAUAUAAAUAUUUUCUGAUAAAUUGAAUAAAUCCAUUGUCCCUUAUUGUAAAUCAUCUAUAAUACCAUAUUUGGAUAACUUUGACUUGCUUUGGCGGUUUCAUGAUCACUAUCAUGACUAUGGCAGUUAUAGAAAAGUAACAAUGUCUUUAUA